CCUACUCUGCACUCUAAUGGCUGACACUACAGGUUCCUCGGAGUCAGUACCGGCCUCAAAGCACAUCGUCUUUUUUGUCUACAAUGCCUGGGGUCACCACCGACCGCUCUGUGCGUUCGCAGCGAGAGCGGUAAAAGCCCAGCGGCUGUACAUCACCUAUCUAGUCCCUGACAAAUUCGUCGACCGCGUAUAUCAAGAGCUCAGGCGUAACUUCGAGCCGGAAGAGACAGAACUCUUGAGUCUCGUGCGGGUUGUAGGCCUCCCGAACAAAUCUAGUAACCCUCUGCACCGCGACGCUCUCGACGAAGGCUUCACGAAGUCGUUCGGCACUCUCGUGAGAGGGGAGCGGAUUACGUGCCCCUCUACAGGCAUUACUCACGCCUCUCUGCCGCACAUUGACUGUGUCAUCCUCGACAUCUAUGCAAAACAGCCUCUGGACUUUGUCAGGGAAACCGGCCUCAAGUCCGUGAAGAUCCUCGUCUGGUACUCAGCAGCCGCAGCAGCUCUUCUCUCCUUUUACGGCCCUGAAAGGACGGGCGGAAGAAAUGCAGCGUUUUCUCGAGUCCACGAGGAAGUCAAGCGUAGUGGACGCCCGCUUCACCAGGUCGCUGCUGAGGCCUGUCUUGCUUGCCCCGGCUCAGUGAUAGAGAUCCCAGGCCUGCCUCCGAUGUACGACUAUGAACUCUUCCCUCAGGAAGUCCCCUUUAGAGAUAUGAUGGCUGUCAUGUUUUUUGACACGUAUCAGACGCUCGACGGAUGCGACGGUGUCAUCUUGUCAACCCCAGAGUGCUACGAACCGGAGACGAUAGAUGCUGUCAGGAAGUACUACAAGGAAACGUCACGCAGCAUCUUCGUCUGUGGGCCGCUUACCGCCUCUAGCUCGCGGGCCACGGUCUCUGAGGAUCAAGGUCCUCAAGCAGCAGCAGUAGAGCAAGUGUUGGAUCGGGCACUCCAAGAACGCGGGAAGGGGUCUCUGCUCUAUAUUUCUUUCGGAUCGCUCUUCUGGCCUCCUGCGCCAGAGAGACUUUGGGCCGUCUUGGACGUCGUGAUGGAAUUGGGCAUACCCUUCAUCAUGGCACAUGCCUCAGGUUUGGCCGCCAUUCCGGACGCAGUCAAGCAGAAAGUGGAUGCAUAUCCGUACGGCAUGAUGUCCCGCUGGUGUCCGCAGCAGAUGAUCUUAGCUCAUCCGGCUACAGGGUGGUUCCUCACUCACGGAGGACACAACAGUGUCGUCGAGUCGAUCAGCCAGGGUGUGCCUAUGAUUUGCUGGCCACAUCACUACGACCAACCCACUAACGCGAUUCAUCUGAGCUGCAAUCUCGACAUCGCGUACGAGCUGUUCGAGGUCCGGACCGAGAACGGUUUGAGGCCCAUCCACCGCACCGGAAGAGCACCCGAAGCUACUGUGGAGUCAGUAAAGCGGGAGGCGAAAGAGGUUCUGCAAGCGGCAUUUGGUGAGGACGGGGAGCGCAAGCGGAGAAACACGCAAAAACUUCGAGCAGCCCUUGGAGAGGCGUGGACGGACAGUGGUCGGGCGACAAAGGAGCUGCGAGCUUUCCUGAGUUCACUGGAUGAUCAGUAAACAGUACUGCAGUAACGUUGAGGAUGUGUAUGUACACGGCGCACGCCAGACGGUAUACAUGAUUCGACUUAUUAGUGACCAGUACUUACAGUGGUGGUUCGGUCUUGCAUUCAGUGAUGUUUAUUACACCUAUA